ACAUAAUAUCAGAUUGUAGCCGUAUUUAUGCUAGAUUUCUGCUUUAAUUUGAUAAAAAUGUUUAUUUAUGCCCUGGCCCUAUUUAAAUACACUCUCUCAAAUAUUUCUCAAAUGUCAGGCAGAUGACAAGCUCAACUGCUCAACAGCUAGAUGGUUAUCUGUCUGAAGUCCCCAUCCGCAGAAGUGAUAACAGUCUUGCCAACUGGAGAAAUUCCAGAAAGUCUCAUUGGAGUUUGCUACAUGGAUCAUACAUAAAAGGAGGAAUGUGUUUGCCCACAAGGAUCUGAUAUCUUUUCAACUUUGGCCUGUUUGAAGCCUAAUUGAAAUAUGCAAUGUCCCGUUGACCUGGAGUAUAACUGAAAGAAGUAUACCUGAAAGAAUUAAUGACGGUGUAAACAUCACAUUUAAAUCCCAAAGAUGCCUGGAAUAUAACCAUCUCCAUUUGCAAAGCAGUAACCAUGGCAAUCAAAUAUAAAGUCCAAUGGAAAGUAUCCAUGGAAACCACAAACUCUGUCUGGCUUUUAUUCGGGACCAUAUGGAUUAUUUUGGCUGGAGUUUUACAAGCAAACAUGGCGAGUGAAGAUGAUGUCACAGCACGCAUCAGUUUCACAUACAAUGCAGAAGGACGAUCAGUGAGAGAGUUCUCUGUGGAUGGCGUGUAUAACUAUUCAACCCUUCUGCUGAGCCCAGAUGAAAACAAGAUCUACGUGGGAGCCAGGGAGAACAUAUUCUCUCUCAGCCUGGACAAUAUCAGCGUGACGUAUCUACAGAAAACACUCACAUGGAGCACUCCAGAAAAGAAGAGGCAAGAGUGUAUCUUUAAAGGAAAGGGCCCCCAGACUGAUUGUUUCAACUACAUCAAGAUUUUACUGCGUCUGAACAGCACACACCUGUAUGUGUGUGGAACACAUGCCUUCAGUCCAAGCUGUGCUUACAUUAACAUUUCCAGUUUCUCUCUGCAAAGAGAUGAAAAUGGGGAACACGUUAUGGAGGACGGACGUGGACGCUGUCCAUUUAAUCCAGAAUACAGAUCUACAGCUAUUACAGUGGAUGGGGAACUGUACACUGCUACUGUCGGUAACUUCCAGGGAAAUGAACACACCAUAUAUAGGAGUCUAGGGUCUGGCACCCCUCUCAAAACAGAAAACUCUUUUAACUUGCUCCAGGACCCAGCGUUUGCAGGUUCUGCUUAUAUAUCAGGUUCAGACAGCGAGAGAAGUGAUGAUCAGAUUUACUUUUUCUUCAGCGAGAUGGGGAAGGAGUUCGACUUCUUUGAUAACACCAUAGUGUCCAGGAUUGCACGUGUGUGUAAGGAGGAUCAAGGUGGAAAGAGAGUCCUGCAGAAGAAAUGGACCACAUUUCUGAAAGCUCAACUCUUGUGUUCGCUACCGGACGAUGGCUUUCCUUUCAACAUCAUACAGGAUGUGUAUGUGCUUCCAGCCCAACACAAGAAAAACACACUCUUCUAUGCAGUCUUCACUUCUCAGUGGAGUAAAGGUCUAGCAGGCAGUUCAGCAGUGUGUGUGUUCAGCAUGGAUCAGGUAGAAAAAGCAUUUUCCGGUCGUUACAAAGAGGUGAACCGAGAGACUCAGCAGUGGUACACACACACUCACUCUGUACCUGAACCACGACCUGGAAUGUGUAUUACUAAUGCUUCAAGACAGCUGGGAAUGCACUCAUCCCUUGAUAUGCCAGAUAAGGUACUAAACUUUGUGAAAGACCACUUCCUGAUGGACAGUCCUGUCAAAAGUCAGCUAGUGCUCUUCACACACUCUGUGCACUACACACAAAUUGCUGUGCACCACGUGCAAGGCCUCCACGCUGCUUAUGAUGUGAUGUUCAUCGGCACAGAUGAUGGACGUUUGCAGAAGGCUGUGAAUGUAGGCGGUAUGAUGCACAUCAUUGAGGAGAUCCAACUGUUCCCAGAGCAACAACCUGUACAAAACAUAGAGAUGGAUUCAACUAAGGGUUUGUUAUUUGUGUCGUCACACUCUGGUAUUGUGCAGCUGCCAGUAGCAAACUGCAGUUUCCAUAACAACUGUGGCGAGUGUGUUUUGGCCAGAGACCCAUACUGUGCCUGGACAGGCACACACUGUACUGACGUCACACGUAUCCCACCACAAAACCAAUGGCAGCAGGAUAUCGAGAAGGCAGAUACGUCAAAAUGUAACGGCACAAUGUUCAGUGUGGUGUCUGAGAGCUCAGUGUUACCACGUUCUUUCCCAAGUUCCCAAGAAUCUGCUUGUGAGCUCAUUAUCGUCCCACCUAAUACUCUUUUCCUACUGCCCUGCAAUCUUCGCUCCAACCAUGCCCAAAGGAAAUGGUCAUAUAAGCCAGAUGUGGGCCACUUCCUGUUCCCGAGCCCAGAUGGUGGGUUGGUAGUCAGCAGCCGUGCAGGCAGCGACGAGGUCUUCUCGUGCUGGUCAGAAGAACGUGGCUUCAGGCAACUCUUGGCCAACUACUGUGUGAAGGCAGAGCUGUUAUCUGAUUCGACAACCAACACAUGGCGAAUAGAUCCACAUUUAAAAAAAAUCCAAAGCAUUUCAUCUGACAUCUUGUCCAGCGAAUCGGAGCACUCCGCUCAACUGCGCAUAAAGACAUAUGGCACAGAGCUGGCAGUAGUGUGUGUGCUGUUAGCUGUUUGUGUGCUUUCGUUCGGGCUGUCGGUAGCAUAUCGACACAGGGGCCGGAUGAAGGAGGUACUGAGAGGAGGAGAUCAAACUGGAGGAGCACAAAAGAGAAGAGUCAGGCACUGGGAGAGUUUACCCCUCAAUACAAGUGUGCUUCCAACAUCCCCAUCCGACCACAAAAGCUACCAGACGUUGGAGGAAAACUGUGGCUACAUAAUUGCUCCAUCAGAGACAAGCACGCAGCACAACUCCAAGGAAGCACAGACACUCACCCAAACACCACAGAAUGGCUUUAAAGAGAGUCAUGUGGAAGUCAGUGACAUUUGCCCUCAGCCUCGGGUACGAUUGGGCUCUGAGAUCAAAGACUCUGUGGUUUAAAAUGCUGAUGUUUCCAAUUAAUUUAUAUAAAUGACACAUUAACAGUCUGACAUUCUUUAUAUUCACUUGGUACAUUCAAUGGGCAGCUUUCAUGAAGACAAAGCGUACUGAGCCCCGAGUAUAAGAGAAUUUAUAGGACAUGCACAGUGUGUGUGAAUUGCCAAACUAUAGUUGCUUAAGACAAUGCCCUCAAAUCUAUUAUCUAUUACCACUGCAAAGACCAAGAGAAAUGAUUCACUCAAGGUGAGAGGACUGUUCUGUAUGUCUGUUUGUGUUCCUUUGCUGUUUUUGCGCAAAGGUUCAAUGCAUAAGUGUUUUAAGUGGGGGAACUUUCAUUUAAAAAUUUGUCUAUGAAACCCAUAAUCCAUGCUCUGUAGUUUUUCAUUAUACCAGAAUUAAACACCAUGCAGUUCAGACCAGAUAGCUCGCUAGUAUUAUAGAACUUUCUAAACAUUUUAGAAAUCUUUUUUUUUUUUUUUUUCCCUUUUUAAGAUUCUAUUUUUGGUCUUUUAUUAUUAUUAUUAUUAUUAUUAUUAUUAUUUCUUAGUCAUUUUUGGGAAGUAGUAUGUGUUUUCCAUUCUGUUAUUCAAAUGUGUUCAUGUUAGGAAAGUGUCUGCUGUUAAAUAAUGGUAUGUGUAUGGAAAUAUUAAAUGUGGAGAAAUAAUGAAAAUACAUUUAGUUCUAAUGUAGCAUACGUGUAUGAGCAUUAAGAAUAUUUGAAUGUGCAUUUGAGGAGUUGUAUGGAAAUAUAAAGCACAAGCUUGAGAUUGUUUUGCUUCACAGGUUGGUUGUUUUUGUGUUUGGUGUAGACGUAGUCUAAACAGGCAGAACCAAGACAAUGAAACCGUACAAUAACACAAAAUAAUUAUAUUAUGUGUUAUAAAUGGUCUGUUUGACGUGUGGUAAAGUGAUAUUGGAGGAAUGGUUAAUACAUUAAGAAAAGAGCUCAUAAUGUCUGUACAUUUGCAAUCAGUUUUUUUUUUUUAGGGUAAAAAUAAAGUUAAGUUCAAUUAUGGGUGAUCCAGACUUCACUAACAUUGCUGUUUUAGACUUCCGUUCCACUUGGAAAACUCUUUUUAAUCCACAUUAACUGACACGUCUGAUGCUGUUUAAUCGUGUUACAUUCCACUGUGUUUUCAGAUUUGUGUGUUUAGAAUGGAUAUGUAAAGUAGUUUGUGAUCUUUUAUACUUUGACAUUGUUUUACUGUUGUUUUACAUUUGUACAUUCACGCACUUUAUUUGUUUUUCUACCAGUAUUUGUAAGCUGUAAAUGAUUUAGGCCACUGUCAACAUCCUGGUUUAAUUUUGUGGUCAAUUGUACAAUAAUGAAGAAAUGGAAAUGGGUCAGAAAAUGUGUCUCCACUGUCUGGGAUGCAAAUAAAAUUUUGCAUAAACUGUCA